AUGUCUGCCAGCAUGUCAUCCCCUUCUGCUCGCUGCAGAACAUUUACUCUGUUCCCACUUCGCGCUGCCAUAGCAUUUAUGGGUAUACUGGCAAUCCUGUGCCAGUAUAUAUUAAAGGUGACCCUGUCGGUGGCUAUUGGAGGAAUGGUCAAACCCGUUCCUCAGGAAAACUCUGUGGAUGAAACUUGUCCACUGCCAGGCUCUGCAAACACAAGCUCGUCAGACAUUGAGGGAGGAGAAUUUGAGUGGGAUGAGGUGAUGCAAGGUUACAUACUGUCCUCCUACUACUACGGGUACGCAGGAGUGAACAUAGUGGCUGGUUACGUUGCUGCCCGGUAUAGUGCCCGCUGGGUUUUAACCAUAGGACUGCUCGCUGCCGGUGUUUUCACGAUCUUGGGUCCUGUCUGCGCCAGUGCGAGCCCGGUGGUUUUCAUGAUAACACGAAUACUCGUUGGAACAUUUUCAGGUGUUAUUAUACCAUCAAUGCACGUUCUAGUUGGGAAAUGGUUCCCCGAAAACGAGCGACAAAGACUAGGAGGACCUAUUUUCUCAGCGUCAUACCUGGGCACUGUAAUAUCAAUGGCAUUGUCUGGAACCAUUGUGAAGAACCUGGGCUGGUACUCUGUGUUCUACAUUUUCGGCGGCGUCGCAAUAGCUCUAGUGAUUCCAUGUUUGUACUUUAUCUACGAUGAGCCUGAGUCGCACCCUAGGAUCACAGAGAAAGAAAAGGACUUUCUUUUGACUCACACUGGUAGAGAUCUGACAGAGAGCAAAGAGAAGAAGGAGCUUGAAAAGGAGCAGGAUGAAAUCAUUCGUAACCCGUGGCCCGCCAUUCUGACGUGCCCUGCUAUGUGGACGCACUGUCUAGUUGGAAUUGGAGGAGCGUGGGUCAAUUACACCCUGCUGUCUGAAUUGCCAACCUACAUGGAAAAUAUAUUACACUACGACAUCGACGAGGCUGGCCUCAUCUCAGCCCUGCCUUAUCUAUUUGGUUGGAUGAGCUGCAGUAUCUACAGCUUUCUGACAGAGAGAUUAACACGGAGAGGAGUGCACAUUAUGACCAUCUUCAGAGCAUGGGACGCAGUAUCUUGUUUUGGGCCUGCGAUCUGCUUCCUGGCGCUGACCUUCAUCGACUGCGACGUGCCAGCCAUCAUCACGCUGUUCGUCUUCACCAUGGUGUUCCGCUGCGCCAUUUACGGCGGCUCCUACCUCAACCACAUCUAUCUGUUCCCUCGCGCCUACGGAAGCGCGGCUGGUCUUUUUCUGACUCUGGCCAACUCCACAGGGAUCAUCACUCCGAUAGUCACCAGCGCUUUUGUAUCAGGCCGGGAAACAGUACAGCAGUGGAAAUACGUCUUCUACGUGGCGAUGACAAUUUCAUUUAUACCGUAUUUCGUGUUCCUCAUUUUUGGUUCUGUUGACAAUCACGAAAUUAAAUGGGAAGAGCGCAGAGAGAAGAGGAGGAAACAGAAGACGGGCCCAUAAACAUGAAUCCGAAUUAUGCUGACGCUGUGUACUUCAAACGAGGUAGCAAAACGCCGCCGAAACCUGUAUGAAAAUAAUUGUCUUCUGUCCAGAUGCAUUUGUUAGGAGGAAUUCAGUGACGUCAAAAGGAUGUCGUCGUCGCUGAGUGACUGAAUAUUAAUCUAGUACACGUGAAAAGCAACAAUUCUUAUCAGUCUUUGUCAUUAAUACUACUUUUGUAACAGUUACGGUUCUGUAAAUUAGUGCUUUGUUUCUGCAAAAGUUAACAGCGAUGUGCGCAGAUCGAGAUGAAUGUAUCAAGCAGUGACAGAA